AUGACGAGAUUCAUCCAACUAAUUAUGUUGACAUCAACUCUCACUUGCAUCGCAUAUCUUGUUCAAAAUGAUGCCAAGACAGCGUUCAGACUGGAAGAUGGAAACUAUUUUCUAGUCGAAAAUACAACGCAGCUUCCUUUUGUGACCGAGAAUAUGACGAUUGCAUCAAAUUUCACCGAUAUACCGUUAACACCUCAUCCUGCAAUACAUAUUCAAUUGAAUAUAGACCUAAAACAGUAUGUUCAAGAUAAAAUUGAAAAGAAUAUUGACAUUCCAGCAAAACCUAUUAAUGAACAUAGCUAUGGAUAUAUACAUCGCCCUCCGAAGUGUCAGUUUACAAAUACAACAGCAAACAUAACCCUCCUGGUUCUUGUGAAAUCGAGCGUUCAAAACGUCUUGUUAAGAACUGCUAUUAGAAACACAUGGGGCUCUGGCCUGAGUGGUAAUACCAUAUUAAGAUUCAUGCUUGGGUACCACAAGGCACACGUAGAAACAACCAAAACAGAAGAUAAAAUACAUCACGACGUCAUCGUAGAAAAAUUUGUGGAUUCGUACCCAAACAACACUCUAAAAACCAUUAUGGGGUUUAAUUGGGCAGUGAAUGAAUGUCCAACAGCACGAGUUAUUCUAUUUUUGGACGAUGAUCAUUUACCACACAUGGGCAACAUCAUGGCCUUUUUGCGUUCAUUAACUCCGGAUCAGUUGGACUCUUUAUUCUGUGGGUACAGACUCGACCAUGGGCUUGUUUACAAGGGAAAACAUCAAUGGGCUUUACCAAAGAAAAUCUAUCCGCAUACACACUGGCCGCCAUAUCUUAGAGGUGGGGCAUACCUUGUCUCUCUAAAAAUCGCUAAGAGAUUUUCUUUGGCUUUUCCUUUUGUUCAAUAUCUUCAUGUUGACGAUGGCUACCUGGGUAUUGUGGCCUUAAAAUUGGACAUUAAACCACAACACGAUUACAGAUUCCAAAUGGACAAAAAGAUGUUGAGGACAAACAAGACGUAUUUUGUCUAUAACGAUUAUAAACACACAUCCCUUUUGCGCAAUGACUGGGGGGUAAUCAAAAACAACAAUUAG